CGCGGAAGUGCGAGAGGACGCACAAAUUGAACCGUGUCGUUUUCAACCGUCUAUUAAACGCGUUAAACGGUUAUUAAAUUAAAAACAUGUGGAAAUGUGAAGCAUUACCGCCGACGCAGUAACCAACCAUCAGUUCAUUUUUAAGAGACACGUAAGUUAAGACGUGUCGACAGAUUUAUUCGACAACAAUGACCAACGUUAAUUUACAGAAAGCCAUUGAUUUGGCCAGUAAAGCUUCAGAGGAGGACAAAGCCAAAAACUAUGAGGAAGCUCUUCGCCUCUAUCAACAUGCAAUCCAGUAUUUUCUUCAUGUGGUGAAGUAUGACGCUCAGGGGGAAAAGGCCAAGCAGAGCAUCAGAGCGAAAUGUAUGGAGUACCUUGACCGGGCCGAACAGCUGAAACAAUAUCUGAAGAAGAAGGAUAGCGCACCACCAUCCAAACCUGUAAAGGUUCCUCAAUCUGAUGAUAAAGGGACUGAUAACGAAGAGGGCGAUGCAGAGAAAAAGAAAUUCCAAAAUCAACUUCAAGGUGCCAUUGUUAUGGAAAAACCCAACAUCAAGUGGGACGAUGUCGCUGGAUUGGAGGGAGCCAAAGAGGCUCUUAAAGAGGCUGUCAUUCUGCCAAUCAAAUUCCCUCAUCUGUUCACAGGAAAAAGAACUCCCUGGAGGGGGAUUUUACUCUUUGGACCGCCAGGAACCGGAAAGUCCUACCUGGCGAAAGCAGUGGCUACCGAGGCCAACAACUCCACGUUCUUCUCCAUCUCAUCAUCAGACCUGGUGUCCAAGUGGUUGGGAGAGAGCGAGAAGUUAGUAAAGACUUUGUUCAGUCUUGCACGGGAACACAAGCCUUCCAUCAUAUUCAUUGAUGAGAUUGACUCUAUGUGCGGCUCGAGAAGCGAAAAUGAGAGCGAAGCAGCUCGCAGGAUCAAGACCGAGUUCCUGGUCCAGAUGCAAGGUGUAGGAAACGACAAUGAGGGAAUUCUGGUUCUUGGUGCGACCAACAUCCCCUGGACGCUGGAUUCUGCCAUCCGAAGAAGGUUCGAAAAGCGCAUCUACAUCCCUCUUCCAGAGGAACACGCUCGCUCAUUUAUGUUCAAGCUCCACCUCGGCUCCACUCCCAACAGCCUCACGGAAGCUGAUUUCAUCACAUUGGGAAAGAAAACCGACGGCUAUUCAGGCGCCGACAUCAGCAUCUUAGUCCGAGACGCCCUCAUGCAGCCCAUUCGCAAAGUUCAGUCAUCCACCCACUUUAAAAAGGUCAGAGGGAAAGCGUGGAACAACCCUGAUGUCGUCGUGGACGACCUGUUGAGCCCCUGCUCUCCGAACGAUCCGAAUGCUGUUAAGAUGACCUGGGUGGAUAUAGCCAGCGAUAAACUUCUAGAGCCGAUUGUUAGUUUGGAGGACAUGCUCAGCUCUCUGGAGAAAACUAAGCCUACGGUAAAUGAGGAAGAUCUGGAGAAGCUGAAGAAGUUCACAAACGACUUUGGGCAGGAAGGUUAAAACAACAGCUUUUUUAGAUAUUCAUUUGUUUCACUAUUAAAGUCUGUGCAGGGUUUAUCUUUUUAAGUUCUUUGGAAAUGUUUAAUUCGUGAAAAGUAUUUAUAUUUUUCCAUUGUUAUGUUUACAAUACAACAAAACGAAACUGG